UAUAAACUUCCGGGUUGGUUGCUUUCGUUGACCUGUUGUUGAUGGAAAAUAUCAGCAAGUUUGUAAGAAAACAUGAAUUUAGAAUAAGCAUAACUGUAUAAAUGAAUAUCUACAAAAAUGCCACGAGGGAAGACUCCAAACGGCCCAUUACCUGCAUCAGAGGCCAGCAAUGGUAGCCUUGUCUCAAUUGAAAGCAGAGAACUUCCAUAUUUUUAUAGCAAUUUCAGCAAUACAGAUGAGGUUGCUGACUACUUGCUCCAUAAAUCAAAGUCUAAAGUUGGAGUGUUUCUGGUCAGACCAAGUUUUAAAAAUAGAUCUAUGCUAACAGUUUCUGUUGUAGUGGCAGAUAAAACAGUGAGACAUACAAACAUUGUCAUAGAAGGAACAGGUGCUUUAAAAAAGUAUUACCUUGUAAAGGAAAAGAAGUUUGACAGUGUUGAUGAACUCAUUAGGUACUACUAUGAUCAUGAUGUGAAAAACUUGCAGAAAGUCACCCAUGUACGAUUUCUUUAUCCACUAACACCAUCCAAUUAUCAACAAAGUCGAUCUUCUUCUGGUGGUUCUUACCAUACAAUUAAUAGUCAGGGUUCUGGUGGGGGACGUUCAGCAUGUGUAGGAGGGAAUGAUGAAAGACCUCCUUUGCCUGAAAGGAACCAUGUACGUAGAGGAAGUCAAGAAAGUUUUAAUAGUCAGAUGUCUGUUUUUACUGAUACAGGUUCUAUGAGCUCGGGUACGCCUCUUUUUCAUAGCAAUAGUGGACCUAUACCAAUUCCUAAAGGUGCAUCGAGUAAUAGUAUUAAUAAAGAUGGGUCAUUCCAUUCUAACUGGACAUUGGGACCAAGUGGUGGAUCAUUUCCACAUCUACCAUCUCCAACUCUACCCUCACCAACUGACGAUAUUGCUAAACGUCCUCCACCACCAAUUCCUCAAAUUCCUCAAAGUGACGUAAACCCAUAUUAUUCUGAAGCAAGGAACGUUGAUAAAAGUAUAAAAGAAGAACUGAAAAAAGUCAUACGUGACAGUGAAAGAUGUGACUGUGGAAUUCCAAGAGACAUAUCUGAUUUACCACUGGGUUGGACAGUGCAUCGUAGUAAAGACGCUGCCACUUAUGGCAGAGUAUUUUUUCAAAAUGAGGCUGGUGUUACAAGCUGGAAACUACCAGAAGAUGUAAAUCGUAAGCUGACUGCACAGCAUCAGACAAAUCUGAAAAAAUUAAAAGUGAUGAAAUUUGAUGAUGAUUAUUUAGAAAGUAACAUACCUCCUGACUUUCUUCCAAGAUCACCAUCAAAUCGCUCAAAUGGCAGUGGAAUAGGAUCUGAUGGCAAAAGAUUUUCUAAUACACAAUUUUGAUUCAUUUGCUUUUAUAAAUAUUUGUAAAUGAUGAAAUGAAUAUUACACAAGGUUCAAAAAGAGCAUUGAAAAUUCAGAGUCUGAUUACAAUAGAUCACCUCAGAUUGCAUUUUCCCCCACUCAGUCCUACAUGUAUAGUGAAAUUGAAAGAGUUUAUGUAUAAUGUAAUUCAUAAAUGUUCCUUUUUGUUUUAGAAUUUGAUGCGUUUAUGGAAAAAAAAAUUCACAAGAGUACAAUUAAAAACAUACAUUUCGAAUGGUAACGAUAGUUCUAAUUUCUAAACAACUAGCUAUAUAUAUGGUGCUGGGAGGAUUAGGAAUAUCUCUAUUCGUUUCGUUUAUCAGUUGAUGAAUUUUCAAUGGUAUUUUGAAUUUUUGUGUAUUCAAUUUUGAUUCCAUAUCUUGGAAAGAAAGCACAUUUUAAUUGAUGCAUUGACUCAACCUUCAUCUUAGUUCUAUAAAUUGUCUGCUGUAGAUGUCACAUGUCACUAAGUACAAUGAUAGGAUAUACAUGAUGUAUGUAAAUAUAAGUUUGCUAAAUGUAAAUACAUGUAUUACAUUUUCGUCAUGCUUUUCCAAGGAGCAAGAUCUGACAUGUCUUAAGGGUAACAACAUUUGCACCAAGUUAUUUUUUUAUAUGGCAUUAGGAAAGCUAAAAAUGGAAAUGGGAGCUUGCAUAAUUAAUGUCUCAUUGUAUUCGUUUUCAUAAUUAUCGUUUAUCACAACUUUUAUUAUAAAAUCUCUAACAAGUAUCUCAUUUGCAUAUUUAUGUGGCUAAAUAUGUUUAUUAUUAUUACUAAGUAAUAAUGGUGAUAGCAAGAAUUAAGGUGGUACAUUUGUAGAUCAUUGUUAUAAAAGGAAAUUACUCAUUAAUUGGUUCUGUAUUUUUGACAGAAGGUUUUAUCAAUACAUUUUUGCAUCUUUCAAACCACCUGUCUUAAUCUUCAAUGUUCAAUCAAAAGUUAAAUGGUAAUAAAAACAUCGCAAUAAUUUCUGAAUUUACAGUAUAAUACUGUCACAUGACUGUAAAUUCAGAAAUUAUUGCGAAUUAUACUGUAAAUUCAGAAAUUAUUGCGAUGUUUUAUUAUGCGAAAAACUUGACAGGGUUAUGAUAAAUCGUAAACAUGCAUUUUUAAAUUUUAUAUGAAUUUAACAGGAUUUGUUCUCAAUAUUGCAAAAAUUAAAAUCACAUUUAAGUCUAAAAUGAGAAAAUAAAAAUAAAAAAUGCCAUAAAUAUUUCUGAAUUUACAGUAGUUCUUCCAAAACAAAAAUAAAAGGAUGAUUCAAUCAUAUCUUGUGUAAAAACACAGUGCAACCAAAAAGGCUGCCAAAUAAUAUUUCUUUAACUGCAAAUAUUGUAGACAAGCAUACAUAUAAGUCUGUAGAAUAUACAUUUUUGUACUCUCAACUAGUAUUAUAUUUUUUCAACUUUAUUUAUCAUAUACAAAGAGCAUGUGAUUUGGAAAUGUUUGUAAUCUCCUUUUUUAAUUUCACAUUUGUUUAAUGUAAACCAGUAUUAUCUGUCACCGAAAAGUGCUAUUCUAGCUGAAAGCUAAGCCGUAAUCUCAGUGUUUACAAAAAACAUACUGUAAUUGGUGCUUUUUUUAACUUUUAUAUUUUUGAUCUGUUACAGCAUUGUCAAGCUACAUAUAACUUUUAAGUCUAAGUGGUGAAGGCUGGUAAUGAUACUUUUGCAUAUCAAACUUGUUAUUAUAUUCUUUGUUUAUUGAUUCUUAUGUAUUACUGACAUAUUUUGCCUGUAUUUUAAAACUUACUUUAUUCUUUAUUGAAUUGAUAAGGUCCUGGGGAUAAGUUAAGACUGUCACAUUUAAAUAACAUUUAGUCUUAAAUUAUUGCAAACUGUUAAAUAAGCAUUCCAAGCUUCAAACCUCUUCAAUGAUUAAGAUUCAGUGGCACAUUUUUAUAAAUCACUGAUUCCCUAUUGUUUAACUUUUUACAGCACAACAUUUUGAAUUUUCAUGAUCAAAAUCUAUAAACUUGUAUAUUUGAAAAAAAAGACAGAAAUAUAUUAUUUUAUGGAACUUAAAGUGAAAAAUCUCUUUUAUUUGACCAUUCCUUGUUAAAGAAUCUCCUCUUAAAGGACUUCUUUUUCAAUUCACUCCUAGAAAUGUGUUUAACCCAUUUAGACACUAGUUUAUCUAGGUGAUAUAUGAAUUACAAAAAUGCUACACUUUUUUGUUCUUGAAAAGUCUGUUAUUUCAGUCAUACAUUCCCCUAAAAUAUUCAAUAUAUAAAUAAGAAAUAUUAUUAGUUAUGCAUAUUGUACCAUGUAAACAUAUCAUUUUCCUGAAAGCCAGUUUCAUAUUUGAAUUGUGAAUUUGUUAACAUUGAUGAAUGGAAUAGUGCAUGUAUAUAUGAUAGAUAUAUUUGAAGGCAAUCCCUACUGUCAUGACUGUAGCUGUCUGAAUACUAUUAUUGUUUGUGAUUAUACCAUAAAAUAUUUGUACAUUUAACAAUGUUAUUUACAAUUUGAACAAAACC